AUGAGUUCUAUCACGUGGGCACCUCAACCCGAUAUUAACGGUCAGUACGCAUCCCCAAGUAACUACUCCAACUGUCUUCUUAAAAGUAGUUUAAUAGAUUUUUUAACUUUGCAAGAUCUGAAUCAAUAUAACACUAUCAGGAAUGCGAGUGGAAAGAUAUUAGAUCUAGUCUUGUCUAAUGCAAACAUCAAUGUAGUCGAAAGUCAGUUUCCUAUACGCAACGUAGACAUUUUACAUCCACCAUUAGAAUUUUUCUUUACAAUCAACGUAUCAACUAAUUUUUCCGCAACUAAGAAUAAAUGUUCCCACAAUUUUGAAAGAGCUGAUUUUGAUUCCAUUAUAGCAUUCUUGAAUGGUGUUGAUUGGCUACAAACUUUAGGCGUACUUAAUAAUGUAAAUGAAAUGAUAUCGAAGUUCUACGAAAUCCUGCAGGUAGCUAUAGACAGAUUCGUUCCCAGAUCGUGCAAAUCGUCAAAAUCUUAUCCUAUCUGGUUUACACCCGCUCUAAUUAGACUCAUUAAACAGAAACACAAAUGGCAAUAA